AUGCAUAUAAUAAUUUUCAUUUAUAACAUUAUAACUUUAACAUUGAUCUCAUUCAUUAUUGGAACUCCUAGUUUAAUUAACUAUAAACUUGAUAAAAAUAGUGCUACUCGUGCUGAGGUCUUACAGUAUAGGCCAUUAUCACAAGCUCAUGUUGUUCCACAAAUAGCUAUUGAACCAGAAGUCAAUCCUGAUGAUGGAGAUAUUUCAAUGUUUAGAUUUAUAAAUCCUUCACAAUUACCAAAAGAAGCAAUGUUAGUAAAAGAAGAUAGUAAUGAAAAUUCAAAUGAUGCUUUUGUUAUUGGUAUGACACCUAUGGAAAUGGAAAAUAAUCCAAUAGAAAAAAAUAAAUUUUUUAAUACAAAAAGUAUUGGUGAAGUUCCUAAAAUACAACAUAAUUCAGAGGGACAAUUUGAUAUAAAUUCAAAGUCAUUAUUUAAUGGUAAUAAUGCUGUAGCUAAUCCUGCCUCAUACUUUUUACAAGGUGGAAAUUUUGAAAAAAUAAGUAAACCUAAUUGUCAAAUGGUUGGUUGUGAUGGUCCAUAUCCAGAAGAUAUUAUGAAUCAUAUUACUGAACCUUUUACAGAAAUUUCAGAGAACAAUAUUCCUCAAACAUGUAAACAACAUUUUAUUGAAUUAAAUACAUGUUCAAAUAAUAAAGGUUAUUCAAUAGGAAUGAUAUGUACAAUAUGUUGUGAGUGUACUGAAGAAUUUAUUACUGAAUUAAAAAAGACAAUUGGAUAUAAACAAAAUUAA